AUGGCAGUUCUAAUGUUGCGACAUCGGCAUGCAAGUUGCCUUGUCUCAGUUGCAGCCAAACGAUGCGCGGGCGAGCUGUCGCGGGUGGCGAGCGGAAACGCUUCUACGACCGAAGCCCAGAGCCCAGAAGAAGGUCACGUUCGACCCCGUCUGUGUUACGGAGGCGAUUCAGAAGCCGAGAAAGAGGCAGGAGCCCUGAUGAUAGGUAUUACAGAGGCCGCAGGCGACGUUCCAGUUACAGUAGCAGCCGCAGCAGAAGCAGAACCCGCAGCCGUAGCAGAAGCCUCAGGAGAAGAAGGAAAUCCAGCGGUGGCAGCAGGCGUCGCAAGAGCGAGCACCACAGCAGGCACAGGAGCAGGAGGGGCCGCAGCAGCAGCCCCAGUACCAGCCGCAGUCGCAGCAGCAGCGUUGUCAGCCGCCGCCACAACAGCACAAGGAGGCGCAGAAACUCCCGGGCGCAGCAGCAGACACAAGAAGCAUAGCCACAAGCAUUCGAGCACCAAGUUGAGAAGAUCAUCGAGGGACAGAGUGGAGAAAAGACACACCAGCAGCAGGCGAGGCAGGAAGAGCGGCAGACGUGACAGUCGCGAAGGCGUUGACACGCGAAAGAAGAGUCAAAGCCGCAGCAGAAGCAAAAGCCGCAGCAGCAGCGGCAGCCGCAGCUCAAGUGGCCGAAAAGAUGAGCGUCGCUCCUCCAAGCGAAAGGAGCCUUUGCCUGUUUCAGAUAAGCUCGUAUCAGGAGAAACGGUAGGAGAGGACACAAAGCCAAAAACAGCUGGUGGCGAGGAGGCUGUGAACGGGGCUGAACCAAAAAAUAAUCAAGAGAUGAACGAGGCGGAGUCCGUAGUGGAAAGCGGCAACGCCAGUGAGAGCCGCAGUGAGAGCCGCAGUGAGAGCGGCAGCGAAAGCGGCAGUGAGAGCGGCAGCGAAAGCGGCAGCGGAAGCGGCAGCAGAAGCAGCAGAAGCAGCAACAGUGGCAGCGGAGUAGAAGAAAGUGGGGAAGAAGAGGCGGGCAGCCAAAACAGUGACGGAGAGUCUGAAGACGAACAAGAGGCAGGGGAGUCCGCAGAUGAAGGCUUAGAACAGGAGAAAGCAACCGAAGAUGUAGCAGUAACAGCGCCAGCAGCAAAGAAUGACGCCUCGCCCGCAGCUCCAAAGGAGUCAUCUUCUCACGAAAAGGCAAAGAAGAAAUCCCGCUCCAGAGACGAUGAGCACAAAGAAAAGACCAAAGCGGCAAGGAGCAGCAGCAAAUACGACUCGAAAUCCUCCCGAAAGCACAGGAGAUGA